GCUGACAAAAGGAAAAUAUUUGGAACAACACCGUUGACUUGGAACCUUAAUUAAUGUAAUUAUAAUUAAUAAACAACUAAAGCACAGCAACUGAGACAUGAAACUGACACAUAAGAGAUUAUAGUAAUUGACAUUUCUACCACGUUUAGAUAAUCCGGUUUGGAUUAACAUGGAUCGCGUUAAUCCCCUGAAGAACGAUGCUGGUUCUGUAAAAGAGUCACAGAAGAAUGGUAAGGAACCUUUAUGUAAAGAAAGAUUUACUAAACAAAGAUCUACACGUAAGAAUAUUGCUGAAUAUAGUUGUGGAAUAUGUAAGAAACCAUUCUCUUCGGAGCAGAAGUUAUUGGCGCACAGAGACACGCACCAGAAGAAGGGGAACCUGCUCGAGUGUGAAAUGUGUAAGAAAUCGUUCGUCUCCAAGAUUAAGUUAACGAGGCACAAGAAAAUCCACGUCUGCGAUAAACCGUUCCAGUGUCAGAUCUGCGAGAAAUCUUUCUUUCAGAAUGCGGAGCUUGUCAUCCAUGUGCGUAGUCAUACCGGAGAGAAACCGUUCCAUUGUCAAACCUGUGACAAGACCUUCGUCAGCGGUCUUGUGUUGAGAAGACACAUGAAGAUCCAUUCGGGAAUCAAACCGUUUCGGUGCGAAAUAUGUGGGGAGUCCUUCGUUCGAAAUCCGAAUCUUCUGAUCCACAUACGGAGUCAUACGGGAGAGAAACCCUAUCAUUGUGAUAUUUGUGAAAAAUCCUUCGUUUCCAGGAGUAAUUUGGCGAUUCACAAGCGACGGCAUUCUGGCGAGAAACUGUUUCACUGUGAAAUCUGCGGUAAAUCGUUCGUCACUAACGGCGAAUUAACGAAACACAACCGGACGCAUACGGGAGAAAACCCUUUUCAGUGUGACAUUUGCGGGGAAUCGUUUCUUGACAGUAGUAACUUAACAACUCAUAAACGAACUCACACCGGGGAGAAACCUUUUCACUGUGAAAUCUGUGGGAAAUCUUUCACCCAAAAUUCCCAUCUGGCGGUUCACAGAAGAAUGCAUACGGGAGAAAAGCCUUUUCGUUGUGAGACCUGUGGGAAAUCUUUUGUGUCCAACAGUGAUUUAACAACUCAUAAACGGAUUCAUACGGGAGAGAAACCUUUCCAUUGUGAAAUAUGUGGCAAAUCUUUCAGACAGAAUUCUAGUCUUGUUGUUCACAAACGAAUACACACGGGGGAAAAAGUUAUUUCGAAGACGACGCGAAAAUACGAAAUAACAGACAACGUUGCCGUUAAAGAAUCUUCAGAUGCGUCUUCAGAAUCAUCUUUUAAAGAAAAGAUUGGUCUUUUUGAUGAGAUCCUGAAAGAGAUGGGGAAAGUCAUGUACCACUGUGAUAUCUGUAAAACCUCGUUCUCUCAGAAAUCUAAUCUAACCACUCACAAACGUGUUCAUACUGGAGAAAAACCAUAUCCCUGUGAUAUCUGUGGCAAAUCCUUCUCUCAAAGAAGUCACUUAACUACUCACAAACGUACUCACACUGGAGAGAAAGAAUAUCAUUGUAACGUCUGUGGUAAAUCAUUCUCGCAGAAUGGUGACUUGACGACUCACAAGCGUAUUCACACAGGAGAAAAACCGUAUCAUUGUGAUAUCUGUGGUAAAUCAUUAUCUCGAAAUCAUAGCUUGACUAAACACAAACGUAUUCAUACGGGAGAGAAACCAUAUGACUGUGAUAUCUGUGGUAAAUCAUUCUCCGAAAGAAGUGCCUUGACUACACACAAACGCAUUCAUACAGGAGAAAAACCAUAUCAGUGUCACAUCUGUGGUAAUUCAUUCUCGCAAAAAUCCACCUUGACUAAACAUAGACGCUUUCACACAAAAGAGCAGCCAUAUCAUUGUGAUAUCUGUAAAAAAUCAUUUUCUUCGAGAAGUAACUUAACCACUCACAAACGGGUUCAUACGGGAGAGAAACCGUAUUGCUGUGAUAUAUGUGGAAAAUCUUUCUCUGUAAAAAGCCACCUAACCGUUCACAGAUACAUUCAUACGGAAGAGAAACCAUAUCACUGUGAUAUCUGCGGUAAAUCUUUUUCUCAGAGUGGUAACUUAACGAGCCAUAAGCAUAUUCAUACAGGUGAGAAACCACACAACUGUGACAUCUGUGGUAAAUCCUUCUCUGUGACAAGUCAUUUGACUACUCAUAAACGUUUUCAUACAGGAGAGAAGCCAUACCAGUGCGAUAUCUGUGGUAAGCCAUUCUCACAGAAAUCUAAUUUGACUAAACACAGGCGGUUUCAUACAGGAGAGAGGCCGUAUCGUUGUGAUGUGUGUGGUAAAUCGUUCUCUGGAAGUGGUGACUUAACUAAACACAAGCGCUUUCAUACAGGAGAAAAGCCUUAUCGCUGUAAUAUUUGUGGGAAAUCUUUCUCUGGAAGCGGUGUCUUAACAACACACAAACGCAUUCAUACGGGAGAGAAACCAUACGGUUGUGAUAUUUGUGGUAAAUCAUUCUCUCAAACGAGUCACUUAAGAAUUCACAAACACGUUCAUACAGGAGAUAAACCAUAUUACUGUGAUGCCUGUGGAAAGACGUUUUCGUUAAGGAGCCACUUAACUAAACACAAACGUAUUCAUACAGGAGAGAAACCAUAUCCCUGUGAUAUCUGUGGUAAAUCAUUCUCUGAAGGAAGUACCUUGACCAAACACAAACGAAUUCAUACAGGGGAGAAACCUUAUCAGUGUGAUAUCUGUGGUAAAUCCUUCACUUCAGGAAGUAACUUGACAACUCACAAACACAUUCAUACAGGCCGAUAGCUUAACUAUACACACAUGUAUUGUUUUAGGAGCAAUGCCACAUAAACAUUUUUGUAAAAUCAAUCUCUCAUAAAAAUAAAAAAACAAAAUUCCUAUUAAAUACAUGGAUGAGUAACCAUAUCAGUGUCAGAGUUUCUCUAUG